GGUGCCUGGUGUAACAUGUGUUAGAUCCUUCCAGAAAGAGCGUCACAGUCCUUGUGCUGUUCACCUAGCGCUACUGUCACUGCGUAUUACCUUGAACCCAGAACUCGCUCUCGGAAAGACUCAAGGCACUGAUUAAUUCCAGGUCUUUAAGAUAUUUUCUGCUUGUUAACUCGUUUUCUUACACUAAAUCAGCCUAGCUGUCAAAAAUGGCAAUGCUUAAAUUCGCUAGCAGCGUUUCAAGGAGUCUCUGGACAAACAGCGGUACACGAAAUGCGUCUUCCGUGCUCGCAAAGGCUUGCUGGAGUGAACUCCAGUCGGAUGCUCACAGAGCCCUGUCCAGAAGACACUAUGCGUCCGAAGCCGUCAAGGGUGCCGUCAUUGGAAUCGACCUGGGAACCACCAACUCGUGUGUUGCCGUCAUGGAGGGUAAACAAGCAAAGGUGUUGGAGAACGCAGAGGGAGCCAGAACGACUCCUUCGGUUGUUGCCUUUGCUGCCGACGGAGAGCGUUUGGUCGGCAUUCCUGCCAAACGCCAGGCCGUCAUCAAUCCGCAGAACACGCUGUAUGCUACAAAGAGGCUGAUCGGCCGUCGCUUUGAUGACCCAGAAGUCCAGAAAGACUUGAAGAAUGUGCCCUACAAGAUUGUGCGUGCUUCCAAUGGUGAUGCCUGGGUGGAGGCUCAUGGGAAAAUGUACUCGCCCAGCCAAGCGGGGGCUUUUGUCUUAAUAAAGAUGAAGGAGGCGGCAGAGAACUACCUGGGAACUAAAGUGAAGAAUGCUGUGGUCACAGUACCGGCUUACUUCAAUGAUUCUCAGAGACAGGCAACCAAAGAUGCGGGACAGAUCGCUGGUUUGAACGUGCUGCGCGUAAUCAAUGAGCCCACAGCAGCCGCUCUGGCCUACGGCCUGGACAAAACCCAGGACAAGAUUAUUGCCGUGUAUGAUCUUGGCGGAGGCACGUUUGAUGUCUCCAUCUUGGAGAUACAAAAGGGAGUCUUUGAAGUCAAGUCCACCAACGGUGACACCUUCCUGGGAGGAGAGGACUUUGACCAACACCUCCUGAAACACCUCGUUAAGGAGUUCAAGAGAGAGUCUGGCGUGGAUCUGAUGAAAGACAACAUGGCGCUUCAGAGAGUCCGAGAGGCUGCCGAGAAGGCCAAGUGUGAACUUUCAUCUUCAUUGCAGACGGACAUCAACCUUCCGUACCUGACCAUGGACGCCUCCGGUCCCAAACAUCUCAACAUGAAACUCACUCGUGCUCAGUUCGAGGACAUUGUGGCUGACUUGAUCCGCCGCACCGUGGCUCCCUGUCAGAAGGCCAUGCAAGACGCGGGGGUGUCCAAGGGAGACAUUGGAGAGGUGCUGCUUGUCGGAGGAAUGUCUCGCAUGCCAAAGGUCCAGCUGACAGUCCAGGACCUGUUUGGUCGUGCCCCCAGCAAGUCAGUCAACCCAGAUGAGGCUGUCGCCAUCGGAGCGGCCAUCCAGGGUGGUGUCCUGGCUGGAGACGUCACCGACGUGCUGCUUCUGGACGUGACGCCGCUGUCGCUGGGAAUCGAGACCCUCGGCGGCGUUUUCACCAAACUCAUCAACAGGAACACCACCAUCCCAACCAAGAAGAGCCAGGUCUUCUCCACAGCAGCAGACGGACAGACUCAAGUGGAGAUCAAGGUGUGUCAGGGUGAGAGGGAGAUGGCGGCAGACAACACUGUGCUCGGUCAGUUCUCCUUGGUGGGAAUCCCGCCGGCCCCUCGAGGCGUUCCACAGAUCGAGGUCACGUUUGACAUUGACGCCAACGGCAUUGUCCAUGUGUCUGCCAGAGACAAAGGCACUGGGCGCGAACAACAGAUUGUUAUCCAGUCUUCGGGUGGCCUCAGUAAGGAUGACAUUGAGAACAUGAUCAAGAAUGCUGAGAAGUAUGCCGAGGAGGACAGGAGGAGAAAGGAACGUGUAGAGGCUGUAAAUAUGGCUGAGAGCAUUGUUCAUGACACAGAAUCAAAGAUGGAGGAAUUCAAGGAGCAACUUCCUGCUGAUGAGUGUGCCAAGCUGAAGGAGGAAAUCACCAAGGUCCGAGAUCUUCUUGCCAACAAGGAUUCGGAGACGGGGGACAACAUCAAGCAGGCGGCCACCAACCUUCAGCAGGCAUCGCUUAAACUCUUUGAAAUGGCUUACAAGAAGAUGGCAGCAGAACGUGACAGCAGCAGUUCCAGCAGCUCCAGCUCGGAGAGCGAGAAGAAAGAAGGCCAGCAGUAGAUUUGUUGCUCGUCACCGUUUGCGAUAACAGGACUGUUGAGGGGGUCAGGGAUGGGUUUCAGUGGUUGCAGUGACGUGCGGUCAGGGAAGGCAGCUGAGGCUCGGCCCCGCCUGUCAUGAUGAAGAUAAAAAAAGUAAAAUAACAGAAAAUAAUUGUCCAUUGAACUGUUAUAAAUGUGUUUUAUGUAUGAUUCCAGUUGUAAGCAUUGAAUUUGCACAUUACCUGAUGGAAUACGGGGCAUGUGCGGCCGGGCCUAUCUUCUGAGUGCACUGAAUAGCGAGUGGCGUGUGCCCAAUUCUCGUUGUCGGCAACAUUUAUUCUCCAGCGGAGUCGGUGCCUCACCAGCCGCGAACCUCCCCGCACGUCACUGAAUGGUUGUCAUUCUCGCCAGGAUUUACUUUUACUGUGUUUUGGCAGUAAAAUGCUCCAAUGAAAAGUCUGUAUGUUCCGAGUUUUGUCUGUAAUUUAUCAUGUAUGUUCACUUUUACAAUCUUAGUUCAAUUCUUUUGUCAUUCUUUAGUCAUCAUGAAAGAAAAAAACACAACUCCAUCUUCAUACAAUUUAAAGUACUAAUAUUCUAAAGUUGGAAUAUUCAGGUUGCUGCCAUACAUGCCCUUGGGUUGUGACUUUUGCUUAACUGUGUGUGUGAGUGUGAGAGAGAGAGAGAGAGAGAGAGAGAGAAAGAGAUCUGGGCAGGAAAACAUGGGAUGGAAUGCUAUUUCUGUUGCUGCCUUUUGUAAUAAAACAUUUAAACAAA